CUGAGCCACACACAUUAGAGGCCCUGAGCGGCUCCAGUUCCUCCAGCUGCUGAUUAGCUCACUGCUGCUGCUUUGCAGACAUUCUGACACCUUUGCAGACACAUUUACAGACUUACCAUCAUGGAUGCUCUUUCAGAAGCAAAUGGUACUUUUGCCUUAAACCUGUUGAGAAAGCUGGGUGAAGACAACUCAAAAAAUGUGUUUUUCUCUCCCAUGAGCAUCUCCUCUGCCCUGGCCAUGGUGCUCCUGGGGGCAAAAGGAAACACCGCUGCCCAGAUGGUCCAGGCACUUUCUCUAAGUAAAAGUGGAGGCGGAGGUGAAGAUGUCCACCAGGGCUUCCAAUCACUUCUCACUGAAGUUAACAGGACGGGCACACAGUACUUGCUUCGAACCGCCAACAGGCUCUUUGGAGAAAAGUCUUAUGCUUUCAACUCAUCUUUCAAAGAUUCUUUCCCACAAAUUCUACCGAGCAGACACAUGGAAGAGAAAGCCUCGACUUCCUCCAAGGCUGCAGAGGGAGGCAGGACACACAUAAACUCCUGGGUAGCAAAGAAGACAGAAG